AAUUUAUUUUAGAUAAUUAAAUAUCACAAUAAUUUCAGUGAGUCCACAUCUUACACCUGGAGGUCGUGAUGCCAUGAAUUAUAUGCGAGAUACACCACAAUCAUUUAAUAAGUGUCCACCGAAUGAUGUUUUAUCCAGUCAUUUAUUCAGCGAUUCAUCAAAUUCACGUGAAGUACUUCAAACAAUAACUGAUACUACAAAUAUUACACCGAAUAUUCGAAGAAGGGAUCAUAGAAGUGAAAUGGGUGCAUUAAGCCGUGAAGAACGUCGCCGUCGAAGAAGAGCCACACAAAAAUAUCGUACAGCGCAUGCUACACGAGAACGUAUUAGAGUUGAAGCAUUUAAUGUUGCCUUUUCAGAGCUACGAAAAUUAUUACCAACUUUACCGCCUGAUAAGAAAUUAUCAAAAAUUGAAAUAUUACGAUUAGCUAUCUGUUAUAUUGCAUAUUUAAAUCAUGUAUUAGAUGCUUAA